GGAACGCGGACACACACCGACGCCCGACGCGACGCCGUAAUCCAGUGCCGUACGUCACUAUUUAAAACGUUAUUUAAGGGUACGUGGGGCGCCUCCAAAACCCCCCCCCCCCUCCACCCUUACGCCCCAUGGGCGUACGUUAAACGCGCCGUUAUGAUGCAUUAUUAUCAUCAUCAUCAUCAAUCGGAAACUCUUCUUCUUAUUAACGAUGGAUGCGUUCGUUGUUGAACAUUAUGAGGUUGAUUCAGUUGGUGGCAUUGGUGUUGGUUUAGUAUAAAAAAUUUUGAUUGAAAAAAGUGAAUCAGUGGAUUUAACUUGGACUUUCUGGAGUACAUAUCAAUUGCUAUAAGUGGUGACGCCAUGUGGAGUGACAUUUGGCAUCUGAUUUUCGCGAUCUGCACGUUACCAUCGACUACGUGGGCACACACCACCGGAAUCCGAAAAUCCAGCACACAACAGGAAAAAUAUACGGGGUGGAAACAGUUGUGGCAUCCGAAUUUUGAGGAUUACAGUAGAGCGGAAGCUGCAGUUGGAUACGAUAAUAAUACCAUAACGAAUGUUACGGUACAAUUGGGUGCGACGGCUUAUUUGCACUGUAAAGUGAGGAGUUCUGCUGAGAGGACUUUGGGAGGAGGAGAGCAAGUAUCGUGGAUCAGGAGGAGAGAUUGGCACAUCUUGUCUUCGGGCGUUUUCACGUACACGAAUGAUGAACGAUUUCAGAUCCUUCACGCCGAAGGAUCCGACGAUUGGACGCUUCAAAUUAAGUACGUUCAAAAGCGAGAUAACGGAACGUACGAAUGCCAAAUAUCCAGCGGUCAGGGUCUGCUGUCACAUUUCGUUAAUUUACAAAUCGUUAUCCCGGAGGCUACCAUACAAGGAACUCGGUCUGGGGAACACCAUGUUGAUGUCGGGAGCGUUAUUGAUCUAAUAUGUGUUAUUGAUAAAAGUCCCACUCCUCCACAGUACGUUUUCUGGUACCACAACGAUCGCAUGAUCAACUACGAUACAGCCAGGGGCGGAAUAUCCGUAGAAACGGUUCCAGGACCACGCACCCAAAGCAGACUCACCAUCCAGGAUACCAACGAUGCCGACUCUGGAAAUUACACUUGUUCCGCCUCGAAUACAGAGGGCGCGUCCAUUUACGUAUUCGUAUCCGAAGGGGACAACGUGGACGCAAUCCUAUCAAGAAAAUCCUGUGCCAUCUGCGUAGCGAGCCAGUUCUUCGUGCUGCUUUUUCCAUUAUGUCUGACAACGCUACGAUAAAAGACUCGACUUUCUAAGUAUUUAAGCAAUGUAAAUAAACCGUUUUUUAUCAUUAUUAUUUAAACAAAGCAAUAUAAUAUACCUUUGUCUCAACUUGAACAAACAGCUGUUCAGUUCUCUGGAAACUCUCUCCAUAAAUUCCGUUAUAAAAGUCUUUUUAAAAACCGGCAUGACCCGAGGGAGAGCACUUUUCCAUAAAAGAGUUUCCUCUUAAUAUUUUUGCGAGACAAACGUAAUAAUGUUGCCUGAAAACUGUAAAAAGAGGACCAUAAAGCAGAGAAUUAAAUUACAAUUAUUUUAGUGACAUUAUAUAUUAAAAUUUAUAUGGGCCACCUUAAAAGCGAAUCUGUGUUGUGCUCACUCUCGGCUCGCACGUUUCCCGUGUCGAUAAAAAUGUUUCAUACGUUUUUUAAUGUUAAAUUUAAUCUGACAAGGGAUAUUUCAGGCAUGACUUUUGCAUAAUUGAAUAAUUUAGUACUAAGUAUAGUACGGCCCUGUUAUAAAAUUUAAAUUACGCGCCAAUAAAAGAUAUGUGUUAUAUGUCAGCUGUCAUUAUGGUCGAAUAACAGGUCAGGAAUAUAUAGUUUUUAUAGGUCACCUACUGGACAAACUAUCAUAAGUGCUCUGUAAGUGUAAGAUGCCCUUAAGCAUCCAUGGGUUUAUUUUCAUAAUUUCUCGAACAUCGUGAGGGAAUUUUCGCAUAUAGUGUGGUGUGGGUUGUCUAGACCUAGCUAAAAAAAUUGUUUGACACCAUUCUACUGACACAGAUGGGUAACAGGGUCGACGUAAGCAAUUCUAUAUGAAGUUUCUCAAAUAUCUUUAAAAAAAAAAUUUGUUCAUGUGCAAUUACCUGAAGCUGUGUCUUGGCAACACUGUUGAACUAGAUUUAGACAUUUCGGACAUGACAUAUCAUUUUUUGACAUUGUUGACAGUUGGCAAAUCUAGACAGGCGCAAAAAAUAUAUCUAUAGUAAAAUGGAUUUUUAGACAGCCCACUUAACAAUCAUAUCACUCAAACAUUUAAAUAAUUGACACAUGCAAUACCUUAUGGCUGUGUUUUGUGGGUUGCCUAGACAGAUAAUCAAAAUAUUAUAUUUUGAAAUUGUUGACAGGGCUUAAGCAUUUCCACACUGUUGCGUAAUAUCUUUGCUGUAUGGUCCUCCUAAAAAAAAUCUAAUAAUUAAAUUAAAGUAUUCUAUUGGAGUGAUAGGUUCAAAGCAUUAUUGUGUAUAGUAUGGACUAUUCAGGUGGAACUUAAAGUGUGACAAUUCAGUGAGAGGAAUUAAAGAAUAUUUUCUUGUAUAAAUCUGUACAAUUAACUUACUUAAUUAAAAAUAGUUGUAGAGGUAUAUAAUAAAAAUGCUACUUGAUUUCUAUGCAAUUAUAAUUAGGCAAAUUAGUUUUUAAGUAUUUCUUGUGUGGAAAUUAAGUAGCAGCAGGUAGAGUGAUGAAUCUAUUUCAAAAUAACGAGUACAGGGACUCAAGUACGGGAUUUCUUAAUAUUGAAGAAGAUCCACCAUUCUGUAAACUUUCUUUAUGCAUCCCCUUGUCAGCGAUGCAAAAGGCAGUAAAAUUAGUUUUAAUAAAAAUAAUUUCAUAUAUUAUUAACUAAAGGUAAAUGUGUAUAUUAAUCGUAAUAAGGGUAAUAAAAUUUUAGAUUAAGGUAAAUAAAUGUCAUUUAACCGUUUUAUCAUUAAUAACAACACUCUCUCAUCGACGUAAUAGGGUAAUAAUAAUUAUUAUGUAAAAUAAAAGAUCAGUUCAUACUAUAAUUAACAUUUAUCUAUAAUACGUAAUUUAAAUAAAAAGUACACGCGUUAAAUUCUUUAUCAGUUGUUUGUGGUAUUCUAAUUUGGAAAUAUAAGAUGUCAUGUUUU